AUGUGCAACUUCAUCCAACGGGAAUACAGCUGCGGGCACUUCCGGUUCAUCGCUUCGAGGUGGUGCGAUGUCUACACCAUCACACACAAGCGAUGCAAGCCCGACAUCACACACUUUGAAUACGUCGCCAUGUUGCUCUGCGGCGACUGCAAGGCGAAGAAUCAGCCCCCCUGCGCCUGGGAGUCCAUGAUCAAGCGACACAAUAAGCGCGCCGUUGCCUCGGUCUAA